AUGCACAGACUACAUCUACGCUCUAACGCUUGCUAUCUGGCACGCCGUGCCUUCUCAACCAGUUUGGCGACAAGAGCAACACGGGCGCUUGUAUACUCAGCCAAGGGCGCACCGCAUGAAGUGCUUUCGGCCCGUACUUUCCCUCGUCUUCCGACGCCUGCACCGGGUACAGCGAAUGUCCGGAUAGUUCUUGCACCCGUCAAUCCGAGCGACGUGAAUGUUCUCGAGGGCGUCUAUCCGGUAUCCGUGCCGCGCGCGGAUCUGCCCGGUGUGCGGGAGGACGAGGAGCUGUAUAUCGCUGGGAAUGAGGCGCUGGCUGAAGUCAAGGAAGUUAGCGAGGGAGAGACGGCCGUCAAAGUCGGAGACUGGGUUGUCAUUGCUCGUCAACAGAGCGGAACUUGGGCUUCGACGCGUAAUGUCGAUGUGAAGGAUGUCAUCAGAAUACCUAGACGGGAUGGCUUAACCGAAGUACAUGCCGCCACUAUUACAGUCAAUCCUCCAACCGCUCUAAACAUGAUGCGCGAUUUUGCCGAGUUGAAAACAGGCGAUUGGGUCGUACAGAACGGGGCCAACAGCGCUGUUGGGCAAGCGGUCAUUCAACUAGCUAAAGCGCGCGGUCUGAAGACCAUGAAUCUCGUCCGAAACCGCGACGGCAUCGAACAGACCAAACGCGAACUUGAGGCGCUCGGAGCCGACCUCGUUUGGACAUAUGACGAUCUCAAGGACAAGGAGAAGAUCGCCCAGCUCAAGAACAUGCCUGGUGGCAAGGAUAUACGCCUCGCGUUGAACUGCGUGGGCGGCAAACCGACUCGAGACAUGCUGAAACUUCUCGGGCCCGAUGCGCACCUGGUAUCCUACGGUGCUAUGAGCAAAGAGCCCCUCAGCAUUCCGACGUCGUACUUCAUCUUCAAGAACCUCGCCGCACACGGAUUCUGGCAAAGCCGUUGGUACAAGACUCACACGCUCGCGGAGCGGUCGGUGCUCAUGGAGGAGUUGGUUGGUUACAUGAGCAACGGCAAGUUGAGGGAACCGAAGCACGAGAUUGUGACUAUUGGGGCUGGCGAAAGCGACGCGAGUGCCACGAAAUUUUACUACGUAUUGAAGAACUAG